AUGUUGCAGGGUGAUAUGCUUAGGCACGAGGGUGCCAAAGGUGACACAAAACUUGCAUGUUGCAAAGUAAUAUGGCUAGGCAUAGGGGUGCCGAAGGUGAAGGGAUGCCGAAAUAUGCACAGGAGUGCCGAAGGUAAAGGGAUACCGAAUAGGAAGCUUGCAUGCUGCAAGGCAAUGUGGCUAGACACGGGGAUGCCGAAGGCAAAGGGGAUGUCGAAGACACAAAGCUUGAUGUGGCCAGGCACGGGGUGCUGA